AUGGUGAUCAUCCUCUUCCUUUAGCGUAGCGGUCGGCUAGGUUUUUGCUUCUCGGUCUCGUUUGUUGACCGUUUUUUUUGGCCUCUUCUCAUUCGCAGGCGCUUCCGAAUCAGCAGACCGUCGAUUACCCUAGCUUCAAGCUUGUGAUCGUUGGUGAUGGUGGUACAGGUGUGCAUUGGUGGCAUUUGAUGGACCCUUGUCCACUUCGCAUCGUGAUUUAUUGUUUUUCUGGCGCGUUCGCACCACGUUCUAAUUUUGGUGGAUUUUUAGGACUUUAGGGUUUUGAAUCGUCGUUAUCAUGGAUCCUCGAUGCCCUUUAUUUUCGUACGUUCGUAAUAAGCGUAUUCUUCCUGCAUCAGAGGGCAUUGUUCUGGCUAUGUGGUAACGUUUAAUGUUCCUCGUGUAGGAAAGACGACGUUCGUCAAGCGGCAUCUAACUGGAGAAUUCGAGAAGAAAUAUGAACGUAGGCUCUCAAUGACACUCAUUCUCCUCUUUGCAGCUAUUUUAAUUGAGAGUAGUUUCUAUUUUCCGGCUUCGUUAAUUUUGAAAUGCUUUUGAACAAUCUCUCAAACGCAUGUGCGCAUGUAUUUUGCCAGCGACGAUUGGCGUUGAAGUCCAUCCCCUGGAUUUCUUCACCAACUGCGGAAAAAUUCGGUUCUACUGCUGGGACACUGCUGGCCAAGAGAAGUUCGGUGGCCUCAGGGAUGGAUACUAGUGAGUUUUAGGGCAAUUUAAUGUUAUCCUCCCAUGUGAUGAAUUUCCAUAUUUUCAUUCAGUGGAAAUGUGAAGCGAAUGCCCUCGUAUGAUGAUUUCGGUUCAGUAUAUGAAAGAACUCGCGUCUUCAAAUUUCCUAAAUUAAGAUCCCGGGAGGCUAUUUAUAGGCUGGUUUUACUGUGCCAUUUUUAUCAUUCUUUAUAAUCACGCUACUCUUUAUUAUGUGUAACUUUUUUAUAAAAUGAGACAUGCACAUAUCAUGUUCAAUAAUGACAUGAGACCACAGUCAUUGUUCCUCGGAAAAAUUGUGCUUAUGAACUUUAAUAUUUGAGUAUAUUAUUUUCAUCAUUUUCUAUGCUAUCACUGACUAGUUGUCAAAAAUUUACCAUUGUAUUUAAUUUUUGCAGCAUUCAUGGACAAUGUGCGAUUAUAAUGUUUGAUGUCACCGCGCGGCUGACUUACAAGAAUGUCCCCACUUGGCAUAGAGAUCUUUGCCGGUGAGCUUAGUCAUAAUCUUUUGGACCCUACCACUAUUGUGACAAUUGGGAAGUUCUUCAAUGCGUUUUGGUAAUUUGCUGAUGGAUCAAUCAUUAUUUUGGUUGGAAACAGGGUGUGCGAGAAUAUCCCCAUUGUGCUCUGUGGAAACAAGGUUGAUAUCAAGAACAGGCAAGUGAAGGCGAAGAUGGUCACCUUUCACAGGAAGAAGAACCUACAGUAUUAUGAGAUAUCUGCUAAAAGCAAUUACAAUUUUGAGAAGCCUUUCCUCUAUCUUGCCAGAAAGCUUGCCGGGUAAAUUGUGUGUUUUUGUGGUGCUACCCAUUUGACUAACCUGCUGCGAGAAGUAGCUCUUAGAGAAUCGGGCAUUUUUCAGGGAUCCAAGUCUCCAUUUUGUUGAGUCGCCUGCUCUUGCUCCACCUGAAGUUCAGAUUGACUUGGCUGCACAGCAACAGUAAGUGUUUUAGCUCCAUUUGUUCCCUCCCACUCCGCAAUCCAUUACUUGAAGCCAUCUUCAUCCUCACAUUUCGAGACGGCUAAAUGCAUAUUCCAUGUAUUUUUAAAGUAGAGGCAUUCUGCUAAUUGAGAGUUGGAUGCUAGAAAUUAUAAAAUAAAAAUUAAAAAUCAUAUCCUGAGGAAACAUGAUGACCGUAAAAGUAAGAAAACCAGAGGAAUCUCAGCAUUAUGGUGGUUUACCUGAUGAAGGCAGCGACUAGUCCAAGCUCCUCUCCUUUAGCUUCAUAAUGUGGCCUCUGUUAUCUGUUUUUCUUGCUCAAACUGAGAUUCAGAAGCUGUUUGCUCGUUGAAUUUUCGAUUUGCCACUUUGGCAGCAAAAAUCCGAUGUUAUUCUAAUUAUCUUGAUGUUUCCAGAUACGAGGCCGAGAUCGCUGCCGCGGCAGCACAGCCUCUUCCAGACGACGACGACGACGCCUUCGAAUGA